AGAAGAUAAUAAUCUAUCCCGUAGAUUAUAUAUACCGACCUUAAAGACAAUUAUCAUUAUUAGUUUAAUGAUAAACUUUAUCCUGUAAACUUGAAAAACGUUUCAUUUCAUUUUCAUCUUCUUUCUUAAUUUUCAAAGAAACGUUUUGGACUCUGAUUUGACGAGUUUUUUCAGAAAACCGAAGUCCAUUAUCUUUACUUUAUCAGACAAAUUUUAUUGGCGAUGGAAUCGAUUGUUUUCUUAUCACGAUACAAUCGCCCAACGAUUUUAUCGUUCCAUGUUUCUUUUUGUGUUGUAUAGGUUUGUUUGAUCAGAAUAAUAAUGGUGAUAACAACAUUCAUUUCUCUGUGUAGAUCUAUCUAAGCUCACUUCUAAGGUAAAGUCCAUUUAUUCGAAGAAUGUGCGGUGGUCCAGAUUCAACACAAUCAAAAUCCUCAUCAAUAUCACCUACUUCUUCAGAAGAAACAAAAUUGCCCACCAAAAGCAUGAAUCAGUUAACAAUUGAUACUGAAGAGUCUAAUCUACUUGAGCUUGCCGCUAAUAAUGAUCUUGAUGGAUUUAAACGACUGAUUGAGCGUGAUGCUUCUACUGUUGAUCAAAUUGGUCUCUGGUAUGGCCGGCAGAAAGGUUCAAAACAGAUGGUUCUUGAGCAUAGGACACCUUUAAUGGUAGCAGCAACUUAUGGUAAUGUUGAUGUACUUAAGUUCAUCCUCUCUUUUUCGGAGGCCGAUGUAAAUCGUUCCUGCGGUCCGGAUAAGAGCACUGCCCUUCACUGUGCUGCUUCAGGUGGAUCUAUUAAUGCUGAUGAAGUCGUCAAUCUGCUUUUACUUUCUGGCGCCAAUGCAAGUUCAGUUGAUGCUAAUGGUUGUCGGCCUGCUGAUGUUAUUGUUGUUUCUCCGAAAUUACCUAACUUAAAAGCUUCGUUAGAGACCCUUCUUUCUAUCAAUGGUUCUGAUGUUUCCGCUACUGAACGCAAUCUUCGAGUUUCUACCAUCUGCCUCAGUUCCAGCCCGUCCUCCCCUGAAAAUGGCUCUUCAUCUUCUGUUUCAGAUCUACCUGAUUCUCCGACUAUGAAUGUUGAUGAUCUUCACGUGUCUGCAAAUCUAGAGAAAAGGGAAUAUCCAAUUGACCCAUCUCUUCCUGAUAUAAAAAACAGCAUCUAUUCAACUGAUGAGUUUCGAAUGUUUUCCUUCAAGAUCCGGCCAUGUUCCCGAGCUUAUUCCCAUGACUGGACUGAAUGCCCUUUCGUUCAUCCCGGUGAAAACGCCAGGAGAAGAGACCCGAGAAAGUUCCAUUACAGCUGUGUGCCAUGUCCAGAUUUCCGAAAGGGUGCAUGCAGGAGAGGAGAUCUUUGUGAAUAUGCUCAUGGAGUUUUUGAGUGCUGGCUUCAUCCUGCACAGUACAGGACACGGCUUUGCAAAGAUGGAACAAGUUGUACGCGCCGAGUUUGCUUUUUUGCCCAUACAUCUGAGGAGCUUCGCCCACUUUACAUGUCCACUGGCUCUGCUGUUCCUUCUCCAAGGUCCAGUGCUGUAGCCAUGGACAUGGCUGCUGCCAUGAAUCUCUAUCCUGCAUCUCCUUCUUCGGUCUCAACAAUGUCGUCUUCACCGUUCGCUUCUCCUAUGUCUCCAUCAGGCAACAACAUUUCUCAUUCAUCCUUGGCAUGGCCACAACCAAAUGUCCCAGCUUUGCAUCUUCCUGGAUGCAACCUUCAAUCUAGUCGUUUGAGAUCAUCUUUCAAUGCGAGAGAUAUUCCCCCUGAGGAGUACAGCAUGUUGCAGGAGCAACAACAACUUUUGAGUGAAUUAUCCUGUUUUUCGCAGCAACAACGCCUGAACUCUCCUUCAUUAAACAGCCCCAUCAGGACGAAAACACUAACAUCGUCCAACCUCGAAGAGCUCUUUGCGGCAGAAAUUACUAGAUCUCCAAGGUAUGCUGACCGAGUUACAUCGUCAGGUGGGUUUUCCCCAUCUCACAAAUCUGCCGUUUUUAGUCAAUUCCAGCAGCAGCAGAGCAUGUUAUCACCUAUCAAUACAAAUGUAUUCUCUCCUAAGAACGUCGAUCAGUCCAUGUUACAGGCAUCCUAUGCUUCUCCAGGUAGGAUGUCUCCUCGUAGCAUGGAGCCAAUCUCACCAGGUAGUGCUCGGCUACCCGUAUUUUCUCAGCGCGAUAAACAUCAGCAGCAGCAGCAACUUCGAAGUUUAAGUGCUCGUGAUCUUGGAUCAAAUUCGUCUGCAGUUGUAGGAUCUCCAGUAAACCCUUGGUCAAAAUGGGGAUCCCCUAAUGGGAAACUAGAUUGGGGUGUUCAAGGAGAUGAAUUGGGUCACUUACAAAGAUCGAAUUCACUUGAGCCUGGACACAAUGGUGUGGAGGAGCCUGAUCUAUCAUGGGUUCACUCGCUUGUCAAAGAAUCUCCACCAGAAAUAAAAGGUAAUGUGAUGCCUACAUCCCCCCCUGCAUCAUCUGGUGAGGGUACAAAUUCUAACUUGCAAAACGAGUCUGUCGACAACUCAGUUUUAGGAGCUUGGCUUGAGCAGAUGCAGCUGGAUCAGCUUGUUGCUUAGUGCCAACUUCCUCAGUUUUUUACUGAGAUGGUAUUAGUGUUCUAAAUGGGAGGAACCAAGAAAGAAGAGUAUAAAUACUUUAUUUAUUGGGGUUAGUUGGAGGGUAAGAGGAUUCAGGGCAGAGGAAAAGAAAGGGAUAAAAGAGAGGAUGAACUGGAGGUAAAAGGAUAGGAAAUUCAUUUUCAUCGGAUUUUAUUGUUGGCAACAGGGAAGUCGGAGAUAGAAACCUACCUAGAGUUGAACUCAAAUGCUUAACCUGGUUAGGUACUUCUCUGUUCUCUCCCAUUAUUUAAAUUACUAUUGCUGGUCCUUUUUCAACUCAUUUAUCUGUUUUGUUUUACAAUGUGGAGACAAGGGAAAGUAAUUAAAGAGCUUGGAAACAAAAGGCAUUGUUUGUAACAAAUUCUUCCCUUGUCUCUUUUAUUACUAUAAUUAUUAUUUUAAUCUUUAUUUAAAACUAGUUAUUUGGUUUAAAAAUAUGUAAUUUUAUGGAGAAAAUCAGAAGAAGAAUUAGAAGAGUGUUCUGACCUGGUCAGUGUACUAUUAUGAUCUUUGAAGAAUUGAUUAUAACCGGGUGACUGUGGUCUAGUAGGAUAUAGAGUGAUGGGCAAAAACGGGGUUUACAUGUAUAUCUGGUUGGUUCCUUAUUAUUGGCUUAUUCUUUGAUGAUGGUGUAACAUGGAAUUUUACAAAUUCUUCUAA